GGGCUGUGGUUACCCAACAUAAGCUUGCCUUUUCCUUCGGUGACUACACCCCGAGAGGAGGAGCAUAGUGUGCAGCGUAGUAGGCGUCAGGAUCCUCAAUUUCCAACUUAGCAUCUUGGCAGGACAUUUUCCCAAGCAAAGCCCCCGUCCGACGGGUAAAAAAAAAACUUCUGCACGGGCAUGAGAGCGACGGUGCAACUCAGAUAAGGGAGCAACAGAAAAACAAAACGAGACAAAACAUCCGACGGGCAGCAGCUGACUGGCAGCGACCAAAACAAUCCAUUCAGUAUCUAAGCCGAUUUUUUAUUUAGUCACUCUUACUUUUUUUUGUCUUCACCACUGUCAUUUAGAAGGGGGGACAGACAGCGGGUCUGCAGACACACGGCUCUAUGCGCUCCGACAGCAGCGCAUGAGAAAAUAAAGGGGGGAAAGUGCGCAAGUUAAGUGGCUUAUACUCUCUGGGCUCCAGCAUGGCGUAUCCUCAGGGCUACUUGUACCAGCCGUCCGCUUCUUUAGCCCUGUAUUCAUGCCCUGCGUACAGCACCAGCGUUAUAUCCGGACCCAGAACCGAGGAACUUGGGAGAUCCUCUUCGGGAUCUGCUUUUGCGCCCUAUGCCGGAUCUACUGCGUUCACCAGCGCCUCGCCAGGCUACAACUCCCACUUACCAUACAGUGCAGACGCGGCGGCAGCUGCCACAUUCACCUCGUACGUGGUGAGUAAACUAAAGAGUUCUCCCUAUGACCACACUACGGGUAUGGCGGGCUCAAUAGGAUACCACCCUUACGCAGCACCCUUGGGCACCUACCCUUAUGGUGACCCAGCAUACCGUAAAAACGCAACCCGGGACGCCACUGCCACCCUGAAGGCCUGGCUCAAUGAGCACCGCAAAAACCCCUACCCCACUAAGGGCGAGAAGAUCAUGCUGGCCAUCAUCACCAAAAUGACCCUCACCCAGGUGUCCACCUGGUUCGCCAACGCCAGGAGGAGGCUAAAGAAAGAGAACAAGAUGACCUGGACCCCCCGGAACCGGAGCGAGGACGAGGAGGAGGACGAGAAUAUUGAUUUGGAGAAAAAUGACGACGACGAGCCAAACAAGCCCACAGACAAGGGAGACUCCACAGACACAGAAGCAGAUCAUAAACUGCUGAACCCAGGGGACAUAGGCUGCGACAGAUUUAAAGAGGAGAGCCAUGGCAAAGACACGGAUCCCCUUCUGAGCGACUCGGAGUUAAAAGACCAGGAGGAGCGGACUACAGACUUGCUGCCGGAUUCCUCAAAACCAACCACUUCGUCUCCCUCGGCGGUGCCCCGGGGGAACCAGACCGUUGCGCAACAAGACAAGCCGUCAGAUUUGAGCCAUGCACCGGGUACGGUGACCAGCAACGUGACCUCUGUUAUCCACUCGCCCCCCUCGGCCCCUAAACCAAAACUGUGGUCCCUUGCGGAGAUCGCCACGUCCUCAGACAGGUGUAAGGGCAGCGGAGAGGCGCCACAGGCUUGUCCCGGUUUGGGUCAGAGCGCAGUAAUGGGCACCAACGCGUCUCCAUCACGGUCCUCCCCUCAGUGCCCGCUCCCCAACAGCACGGUCCUAUCCAGGCCUCUGUACUACACCUCCCCUUUCUACCCCGGCUACACGAACUAUGGUGGCAGCUUUGGACACCUUCACAGUAACCACGGCUCGGUAACCACGGGCUCCACGGCACAUUUCAAUGGAUUAAACCAGACUGUGUUAAAUAGAGCAGAGGCUUUGGUAAGAGAGAGCCAGAAAGUCAGAGGCCAAACGCAGGUAGAUCUUUGUAAAGACUCCCCUUAUGAACUAAAGAAAGGUAUGUCAAACAUUUAAUACCUGAUAUUUUCCACUCACCGCGGACUUUUAUUUAUUUUUUGUGGUUGCAUUAAAAAAAAAGAAAAAGAAUGAUGAAGCAAAUUCUAAGAACAGUUAUUUUCUGAGUAAAUGCUUAUCCUCAAAUUUUUAGUUUCUGAAUGGUUAAUCCUAAAAUGUAACAAGAAUGGUCUUAAUCGCUGCAGCCGCCUGAGUCUAUUUGUAUUAAAGACUAACAUGUAUAUUUAAUGUAGCAUUUUUGUAUUUAAAAUGGACAACACACUAUCUUUGAAGUAAAUUAUGGAAAAAAUACA